AUGACACGGCCUUUAAUAUUCGUCGUCUUGCUCACUGCACAAAUUUGUCUACACGUCGUACUGUGUCAGGAUGAGGACUCACAUAUCAACACUGCACUUCUAUCAUCAGUUCUUGAUAGGUUAACAAAUCGAACAACUUAUGAUAAAAGAUUACGGCCCAGGUAUGGAGAGAAGCCUGUCGAUGUAGGAAUCACGAUACACGUCUCGUCAAUUUCAGCCGUUUCAGAAGUGGAUAUGGAUUUCACACUAGACUUCUAUAUGCGUCAAACAUGGCAGGAUCCUCGAUUAGCAUUCGGAAGUCUCGAUUUGGGAUUAUCCAAAGAAAUCGAUUCGUUGACUGUAGGAGUGGAUUAUUUAGACAAACUCUGGAAACCGGACACCUUCUUUCCAAAUGAGAAAAAAUCAUUCUUCCAUUUGGCAACAACCCACAACUCAUUUCUUCGAAUUGACAGUGAUGGAACAGUUUAUACUAGUCAAAGAUUAACAGUAACCGCAACGUGUCCAAUGGAUCUAAAACUGUUCCCAAUGGACUCUCAACAUUGCAAGCUGGAAAUCGAAAGCUAUGGCUACAGUAUCCUGGACAUUGUAUACGUUUCACACGAGAAGAAGUCAGUGUCAACGGAAUCCUAUGAGUUACCGCAAUUUGUUUUGCAAUCGAUCAAAGUUGUCAAUCAGACGCAGAAAUUGAGCUCAGGUGAAUACUCCCGCCUGUGUUGGUUCUUUCUGUUUAAACGAAAUAUUGGUUUCUACAUCAUCCAAAUUUAUCUUCCAUCUGUCCUUAUCGUCGUCAUAUCCUGGGUUUCUUUCUGGCUCAGUCGCGAUGCCACACCUGCUCGAGUUGCUCUUGGAGUGACCACUGUGCUCACGAUGACCACACUGAUGACCAUGACGAAUAGUGCGAUGCCGAAAGUGUCAUAUGUGAAAAGUAUCGAUAUAUUUCUAGGUGUCUGUUUCAUGAUGGUCUUCUGUUCCCUACUGGAAUACGCGGCCGUCGGUUAUAUCAGCAAACGAAUGAAACUAGUGAGAGCCCGUAAAGAGUCUAGAAUGUUAACACCUCUUCCACAAAUGGAAGCACCUCCGAAACGAACACUAUCAGUGCCUUCCUACUUCAAUAACACCACAUACCGUCCGUUUUACUCUUCCACUGAUCGAACUUCAAAUCUUUAUAUUCCGGAAUCUCAGCGUACAAUUAUAUUUGCAAAUGAGGAUGCAGUGCCUAAUGAAUUGACUCCAAUGCUCGGGAGAAGUAACUCACAAGCAUCUGUAUUUCUUUAUCAGACGGCCAUCAUAACUGACGACGAUUUCGGAAGAUUCUGGAGAUGGCUCCGUCCAUCGAACAUUGACAAAUACUCACGAUCCUUGUUUCCUUCUAUUUUCGUUCUUUUCAACGUUGGCUACUGGGCUUAUUUCAUCCGUCUGAGCCAGAUUGAGGAGCAGCAACGGAACAGUCAAAUACUCUACGGGUACCAGACAAAAGAUAUCGACUACUAUUGGGGAAAAAAGCGAACGGAUUUGGAGACGACGGCUGUCAAAUUUGAUACAUUCCAAUUGCCACAGUUUCAGCCAACGCUGUACUUUGUCAAUACGACUAAGGCAGAGACUUCUUCAGGAAAAUAUGUUCGCCUGGCUCUCGAAGUGAUUCUAGUCCGAAACAUGGGUUUCUACACCAUGAACAUUGUAAUCCCAUCCAUUCUCAUUGUCACCAUCUCGUGGGUUUCAUUCUGGCUGAAUCGAGAAGCUUCCCCAGCUCGUGUUGGCCUUGGAGUUACAACUGUGCUCACAAUGACCACUUUGAUUACAACUACAAACAAUUCGAUGCCAAAAGUAUCCUAUGUGAAAGGGUUGGAUGUGUUUCUUAACUUUUGUUUCGUGAUGGUUUUUGCUUCUCUUCUGGAGUAUGCCAUCGUCUCCUAUAUGAACAAACGACUGGUGCUACGACGGGAAAAACGAAGGAAAGCAGCAGAACAGCAACAGCGAAACGAAAUGCCAAUGUUCAAUGCAAGUCCGAAAGCUGCCAAUAACAAUUCAUACGAAAUGACAUUAAUGUCGCAAAACUCGACACCUGCCAAGAGCUAUGUACAGGCUGAUUUGUACUUUGCCGGCCACAAUUCUUCAAUGAAUCCACUAAUGGAGAUUCCUGAAAAUUGUGACUGUAGGACGAUUCCAAUGAUGCAACAUCCACGUCUAGUGACAGAUGGAGCACAUACACUGUGGCCAGCUCCGUUUGCAAGACCCAAAAAGGCUUCAAAAACAUGCUGCCAACGAUGGACGCCUGCAAAAAUCGACAAAUUGAGUCGAUACUGUUUCCCACUAUCUUUCUCCGUCUUCAAUGAAUGCUCAUCCCAAACAAAAACAAACGUCUUCAGAUGCAUAUUCAACGGCCGAGAUCGAGUACAAUUGGUGUACUUCGAAGGAGCCGAAUUGUGCGUCAGCGGUGAAAGCCGACGCAAAUAUCGAAUUGUCGAGCUAUCAGUUUACGAAAAUAUGCCAGAAACGGACACUUGCCAGCACUUCAUCGGGUUGGGACAUACUCCCGUCUACGGGUUAGUUUCAUAUUUGAUCGCGACAGCGGCUUCUACUUUCUUCAAAUAUUUUUUCCUGCCAAUCUCAUUCUGGAUCAAUCGUGACUCGGCGCCCUCUCGUACUCUCAUCGGCACGAUGACGGUUCUCACUGAGACUCAUCUGAUGACAGGAACCAAUCGACGUCUACCUCCAGUUGCUUAUGUGAAAGCUGUUGAUGUUUUUCUUGGCUUCUGCUAUCUUUUAGUGAUUCUUGCGUUGAUUGAAUACGCGUGUGUUGCAUACUCCAAAAAGAAGAACGAGGAUCGUCGGAGGCGAGAAAAGAAGAUGGAGCACAAACCGGCUCCGCCUACUCCGGAUAUUCUUCAUGAUAUCCGUCUCGCAGAAUGCACAUGCAACGCGGCUCCCACCUCUAUCAUUGCAGUAAUCAAACAACCGAAUCGUUUCUGUGUCAGUCACAGUCACAUUGACAUCGUCAGUCGUGCCGCUUUUCCUAUCGUGUUCAUCGUAUUCAACAUCGUGUUUUGGUUGAUGCUCCUGUACAAAUCCAAACGUCUUCCAUACAUUUCGGAGCACGAAGGCGACCGUUGCGAUGCUCCAGAACUUCAUUAA